UCAGAAGCUAGGAAGAGUCAAAGAAGCAUUCUUCUCUGGGUCCUUCAGAGGAAGUGUGGCCCUAUGACACCUUGAUUUUAGAUUUCUAUCAUCCAGAACCGUGAGAGCUAUGAGAGAACUGUGAGAGCAGUGUCUGUUGUUUUACGCCACCCAAUUUGUGGCAAUUUGUUACGGCAGCCAAAGGAAAUGAAGAAAGAUACCUGUGUAAAGUUUCUGCACCUAACUGGAACAUGCUGGUAUUCGUCUUUCCCUCCCCUUCUUCUACACCUAACGUUGCACCAGCUUCCCCAGAGACACAAAGGGUAUCUGUAUGCAGAGAAGCAAGGCUGAAAGCAAAAGCAAAACUUUUCCGUAGGCUGGGCUUCAGUCAUUUCCUCAGAAGACAGUUCUGGUUUGGAUGACUCUCAUGUUCAAGGAACCCUGAGCUGGCUGAUGGAGAAGACGUGUUUUCUUCUCUUGUUUAAUAUACUUAUUCUCACUAUCUGACAACUUUUUACUAUCCAUCUUUGAAGGUCUUUCUGCCAACUAGAAAGAAUCCUGGCUUGGAGCUGCUAUUGUUGCAGUGGUAUAGGCAGCAGCCUAGGUGUUUUGUUUUUGUUUUUUUUAAAUCUUUGUUUUGUUUUGACUGUUGAAUUGGCUUUUAUGAGGGAAGCUGAGGAAAAGAGAAAAUUUUUUGUUUUCUUUUGCAUCUUUGACUGAGGAGCAGUGCCAAGACCUGACGUGAGUACCGAGUGCAUUGAGAUUUUCUGGUCCAUUGAGCUGCUGCUGUAGAAAACGAUGAGACUGUCCCAGAGCGAUCCGGCACAGAAUAUGAUCCUCCUCCUGCUAAUUUUGAGCCUGGACUCGCAGCUUCGUCAGACAGCAGCUUUAUUCACAGUGACAGUCCCUAAGGAACUGUACGUGGUAGACUACAGCAGCAAUGUGACCCUGGAGUGUGAUUUUGACACUGGAGAUGGUGUGGAGUUUGGACACGUAAAAGCCAGUUUGCAAAAGGUGGAAGACGAUAUAUCCUUGCACAAUGUCACUUUGCUGAAGGAGAAGCCGCCCCUGGGGAAGGCCUUAUUCCACUUCCCACGAAUCCAAGUGAGGGAUGCAGGGCAGUACCGUUGCGUGAUCGUUCAUAGGGGCGCCUGGGACUACAAGUACCUGACACUGAAAGUCAAAGCUUCCUACAAGAAAAUAAACACUAGCAUCCUUCAGUUCCCAGAGACAGACGAGGUAGAGCUCACCUGCCAGGCUGAAGGUUAUCCCCUGGCAGAAGUGUCCUGGCCAAACAUCAAUAUUUCUGCCAACACAAGCCACAUAAAGACCUCUGAGGGCCUGUACCAGGUCACUAGUGUUCUGCGCCUCAAGCCACACCCUGGCAGCAACUUCAGCUGUGAGUUCUGGAAUGCUGAUGUGAAGGAACUUACUUCAGCCAUCAUUGACCCUCAAGGUGAGAUGGAACCCAAGAUCUCUCCAACUUCGCUGCUUCAUAUUCUCAUCCCUUUAUUCAUCAUGGCUUUAGUGUUCACAGCUACAAUGAUAGUCCUAAGAAAACAACUCUGCCAAAAGCUUUAUUCUAAAAAAGACACAACAAAAAAAGAUCACCACAAUCAGGCGGGAAGUGAACACAGCUAUUUGAACCUGUAGUCUCAGGAGCUGGGGUGAUCUGACGGGACAUGAGCAAGAAGCUUCUGGACUCUGCAAAAGAAUCCCUUGGCCUGCAGAGCUUGUUUGUACCUUCCAAAUGCCUUUGUACGAGUCAGCACUUUAAUAUGAAGACUACAAAAAGACUAGGCAGCACUGGCCACGGUGCCGAGAGAAGCCAGUUAGCCAACACUUCAUGGAUCUGGGCCCUCACCUCUGCAGCCUGUGGCUGCGAGCAAGCACCACUGCACUUUAGAAAAUGACCAUGUUGCACCCCCGGGAGUGUCCCGCGGCUCCUUCUUGGUUCCAGACUGAAGAUAGAGGAAAUUAUCCCCUCUAAAUUUCCAAAGGAAUUUUCAGAAGCAGAGAUGAUUGGAAUUUUCCAGUUAUGGAAAUGGAUAGAUUGUCAAUAGAGUUAUUUUUAAUCUGUAGUUUCCUCUGGAUACUGGAGAAGUUGAGACUGUCAGAUCACAGACUGGGCUUUAUACAAAGGGAAGCCAUAAUUGACAUGUUUUAUGGCUUCCUGGAAUCUUGAAAGCAUUUGAGUUUUUCUAAUGAACAGAAAGCAUUUAAGGAUACACAGGAGCUAACUACAAAUUGUGGAGAAAAACCACUGAGUAUUUUAUGUCUGCUCCUGGAGGACAGGGAGAUCGUGGGAUUUUGUCAUUCCUGCAGCAUCUUGUAUGUGAUAGAUACCUCAUGCAUGACUGGAUCUAAGACUCCUUGUAAUAUUGAGGAGGGUGGCUACAAUUGACAUUCUUACUUUUUAUGGGCUGAAAAGUAUAUAAAUGGCCAUCUUUAAAACAAAAGAUCUAGAUGAGUUCUAAUUCUUUAAAAAAAAAAAAGUAUCUUUUACAAAGGGAGCAAAAAGAGCAUUCAGGAGAGUGUGAAGCAUUGAGAAAGGCCAAAAAACAAAAAUCAUCUAUGAUAUCAUCCAAGCUCAAAUAUUUUCAUUUUUGCAGCUAACAUUUACUCUUCAUCUAGACAUGCACGUAAUUUCAGCUGUAGUAAUAUGUAAUUUUCUAUCCUUUUUUCAAAUUUGUCAUACCAUAAGCUCACACCUACGUAUGUUGCUGACUGGUCUUCCUAAUUAUCGUCUUUAAUGGCUGCAUGGGUCACAGACGAGAUGGGAUUGGGUCCAAACUCUACUUAUCACCUGACCACUAUACAGUAGUCCAUACUUAUCUGUGGGGGAUAUAUACCAAGACCUCCAGUAGAUACCUGAAACCACAGAUAGUAUCGAUAUGUACUGUACUAUAUUUUUUUCCUAUACAUAUUCACCUAUGAUACAGUUUAAUUUAUAAAGUAGACACAGUAAGAGAUUAGCAACAAUAACUAAUAAUAAAAUAGCACAAUUAUAAAAAUAUACUAUAAUAAAAUUCAUAUGAAUGUGGUCUCUCUCUCUCAAAAUAUCUUAUUGUUCUCUACUGACCUUUUAACUUAAAGGAAGCACUUUACAUCUUCUGCUUGGCAUAUCCUGAUUUCCAGCAUCAUUACUCUUAUGCUUUGGGGCAAUGAUUAAUAAAGGUCACUUGAAUAAAGCACUGCGAUACCAUGACAGUUGAUCUGAUAACUGAGAUGGCUACUAAGUGACUACUGGGCAGGGAGCAUAUAUAACAUGGGUACACUGGACAAAGGGAUGGAUAUGUUCUGGACGGGGCAAAGAGGGUUGGUGUGAGAUUUUAUUACGAUACUCAAAAAGACUUACAAUUUAAAACUUAUGAAGUGUUUAUUUCUGUAAUUUUCCAUUUAAUAUUUUCGUUCCAUGGUUGGUUGUGGGUAACUAAAACCAGAGAAAGCAAAACCACAGAUAAGAGGGGACAACUAUAAGCCCUUAUUUUGACCAAUGGACCUCAGUAGCGUUUGGAGGUCCUAAGGAUUAAUGUAAUUUCAGAGUAGUGUUUAGGAAUCCCUGAAAAGUCUGGGUAUUUCCAUCUCUCCCAAUGCACAGACACCUUAGUAAAUUACUUCAAGUCCCUUUGGGGAUGACUUGGAGGGAGAUCUACAGUAAGUUAUUUGUGGCAUUGUUGCAGGGUCCUUUCUAAGGGGUCCCAUCUUCGUCUUCAAUCUGGAGCUUCAGAUCUGUGAACUGAUAAGGUCUGGGAAUUGAAGAAGCUGUGAGGAGGAGGAGGGUGGUAGAUGAGGGUAAACAGGGUCAAAUACAUGGUAAUGGAAGGAGAACUGACAGGGUGGUGAACACACAAUGUGAUAUAUAGAUGACUGUGGGGACAGAGUCCCAGAGAGUAGUUUCCAGGCUCUCAACCUCACAUGGAAAGGUGCUGGCUCAGGUAGUAGAUGUUCAUCAGCCGUGACUAGUUAGCCAUAGGCUGUUACCAGUUAGCCAUUAGCCACUGGUAUAACUGCCAUGGCUAAGCUGGCAAGGCGUGGUGUGGUGUGGCAUGGCGGAGUGUGGAUUGUGGAUUGCAGAGAGGCAAAUUGCAGUUAGCAAGUGAGAUUGGUUGGCAAAGACAAGUGGAUGGCAUGUUGAAGAUCGUGGGGCUCUUGCUUCCUGUAUCUCCUCAGCGAGACUAUA